AGCAAGGUCGAUGAGACCUUUCUCCUUGCAUGACAAACGGCGGGAUUCGCCGCAGCACCGGGCAGGGAUGCGCCUUCCAGCCUCGCUCCGAGGGUCUGCCCAGCCACAGGUUUCUGCCGGCGGGGGGAAACCGUCCCUUUAAUCCCGGAGCUCGGCUCCCGCAGCCGUCACCCAGAUCGGUCUGCGGGCUGAGCGGCUCCGCGGCCGCACGGGACACCCCCGCGGGUAGAGGAAAAACUGAAAGGAAAGAGAAGAGGCCGAGGAGCUCCGCAGGCGCCGGGCAGGGCAGCAGCGCGGCGGGCAGCGCGGGCGCGGCAGGCAGCGCACGGCUCGCUCGGGGAAGGCUCUGCUUCAUCACCCCGUGCAGAAGAGAGGAUGGGACGCCGCUGAACUCCCCUUCCUCCCUCCUCCCUUCCCCCUCCGCCGAACCAGCCUCCCCCUCCUCCCCCCUCCGCCGCUCUUUCUCACUCCCCAAGCAGUGAGGCUCGGACAGCGCUCGGCUCCGGCGCUUUAUUUUAAGAUGAUCGGCCAAGGUCUUUGCAGAUAGAUUUUAUCGGAAGUUAAAUAGCGGGCGCUCGCCGCUCCCUCGCCAAUAAGUCAUUUCUAAUAGAGACAAAUCGCCCUGGACGCCCCGGAGCGCCGCUGCCGCCGCUCCUGCCCGCGCCCCCCGCCGAAAGCGAGCGGGCAGCCGGGGCAGCUCCCUCCUCCCGCUGGUGAGAGCUCCGCUUGUUCCGUAAAGUGGAUGCCAGGUGGAUCUAUGUUCUGCGUGGAACAAAGAGGCAGCGAAGGCAGCGCGGGGGAAGUUUGAGCGGCGAGGAUGCAGGCUGUGUACUGGUGCGCGGUCCUCCUGCUGCAGCCCACCCUCUACUUGGUUACCUGUGCAAAUUUAACAAAUGGAGGUAAAUCAGAACUUCUUAAAUCAGGAAGCUCCAAAUCCACACUAAAGCACAUAUGGACAGAAAGUAGCAAAGACUUGUCCAUCAGCCGACUGCUGUCACAGACUUUUCGUGGAAAGGAGAACGAUACAGAUUUGGACCUGCGAUAUGAUGCCCCAGAAACUUAUACUGAGCAAGAUCUCUGGGACUGGCUGAGGAACUCCACAGACCUACAAGAGCCUCGGCCCAGGGCAAAGAGACGGCCUAUUGUCAAGACUGGGAAAUUUAAGAAAAUGUUUGGCUGGGGCGAUUUUCAUUCCAACAUCAAGACUGUGAAGCUAAAUCUGUUAAUAACAGGGAAAAUCGUUGACCAUGGCAAUGGGACGUUUAGCGUUUACUUCAGGCAUAACUCCACUGGUCAAGGGAAUGUAUCUGUGAGCCUAGUGCCCCCUACAAAAAUAGUGGAAUUUGACUUGGCACAACAGACAGUGAUUGAUGCCAAAGAUUCCAAGUCCUUUAACUGUCGAAUCGAGUACGAAAAGGUUGACAAGGCUACCAAGAACACGCUCUGCAACUAUGACCCUUCAAAAACCUGUUAUCAGGAGCAGACCCAGAGCCAUGUGUCAUGGCUCUGCUCCAAGCCCUUUAAAGUAAUCUGUAUUUACAUUUCCUUUUAUAGUACAGAUUAUAAACUAGUACAGAAGGUGUGUCCUGAUUACAACUACCACAGUGACACACCCUACUUCCCUUCAGGGUGAGGAUAAAACACGUGUCUGAGACUGAAGCCUGGGGAAUAAAGGAGUUCGUAUGACAGGGCUGUAACCUCAAGGAGGAAAGCCACAUCUAUUGCCUGGAAUGUGUCUACCUGCUGCUGAUGUCAUAUGGCUGCAAAUAUGUUAGUGGAAAACAAUCUAAUGUCAUUUUUGCCCAGUCAGCACCAUGUAUUAAUCUAGUUGUAAAUCACUAUGGAUUUGAAAUAAAAUCAUAAACACAGAGACACACACUCUUCAGCUCAUAUCUAUUGAGAUUCCUGUUCAGAGAGAUUUUCAUUGUCUGAUAACUAAAGUUUUGGGAUAAACUAUUAUCAAGCAAAAUGGAUUAGCUAGACAGAGAACAGUUUCUUACACAGUGUGGUGGAAAUCUCUUUGAAAGUCCUUUCAGUGUAUACCAAUAAUCCCCACUCAUGCAUUCUACUGCUUGGAGUAGCUGUACCAGUAAAUAAUACUGUAGGGCUUAAUACUUGUUAAAAUGGGAGAAAAAUGUGUGUCUAGAGUUUAUUCCUUGCUAUAUGAACACAGCAAAGCAUAGUGACUUUUUCCAGCAUACAGUAGGCACAUUCAAGGUGGUGUUAGGUGGCUCUUUUUCCAUGGAGUGAGCCUGUUACCAGUAAAGAUGGGCAAACAUUUGGAAUUUACAUGUGGGCAGACAUUCUGGUUUUAUGUUUCUCUGACUCUUUAAGCUCUGAUUCUUUAAACCUGGUUGAGUUUAGUAAGCAAAGCUAUUUUAAAACCCUCCAGAUGAUCUUUAGGAAGGAAAAUGCCUCAUGGAGGACAUGUAAGUUAUAAGUGGCUGUCUUAUCUUUAUUACAAAAUAUUGUAACAAAUUCAAUAUCCUAGUCUUGAUUUGUAUGAAUGGUUUGUAUUGUACAUAAUUUAACCAGUGUUAUUUGAGCUGCUUAUUAAUAUUAACUUGUAAUUGUCUCUCUGCUUGUUAUUGGUUGAAAACAAUCAAGGAAUUGAGGAAUCCAUUUUAUCAAUGUAGCUGUAAACUCAUUAAAAGACAGAACUAUGUACAAAGCAUUUAUUCAGCUAAAGUAUUGUUGAAAGCUAUACAUAUAAACAUUACAGUUUGUCUGUACUUAGAUAUUUUAUUUCCAAACAAAAAAAUGAGCUGUACAUAAAAAUAAAAGAAAUCUUAAAGUUGAGUUUCAAUAUGUACUGUGUAGAUGGUAGUUUAAAUGGUUCGGAAAAGUGGGUAACGUUCCAAAUCUGACAUGGUUUUCAAUCUUACCUCUUUGCGUAUGUACAUAUAUUUAUAAAUUUGCGUGUGGGCAUGUUUGUGUGUGUAUAUAUACAUGUGUGCAUAAGAGUACGUGUAAAUACUUGUAGACAUGUAUGGAGAACAUAUAAAAACUUCUCAGGCCCGAUUCUUAGCAAGAAAAUGUCAUUACUAUGAAGGGUGUUGAUAACUUGAGUGGAAGACCCCAUUCAGAUGAAUUACAAAAUUUAGGAUUUGUUUGAAAUGAUUCAUCAGUGUUUAGAAGUGGGGAAACAUGAUGCCACACUGUUUCAGGCCUGCCAUUGCCUUAAUUCUAGCCUCCUCUGAGGCACUGAUUUCUCUUUAUGGAAUUAAGAGAUCCCUGUAUAUGGAUUAGGGAAUUUUCUUAAUAUGAAUGAAAAACUCCUAGCUUUUAUAUAUUUUUGUGUGUGUACUGGCACACUUUACCCCCACUGGCUGGUUUACAAGUGACUAUAGCAAGGCCAUGCUUAAAAGAAGGCUGCCUAAGGAAGAACUCAGUAUUUCUUCCCCUUAUCUUUCAGAAUUAUCCUUCCUAGCAAUGCUUCCUUCCCCCUCUCACUCUUACCCCAGGUUCUGUGCUCUUCUGUCAAAGCUGUGAAUACAGAGAUGGGUCAGCUUCCAAAUGUGCACAACAUCAUGAGCGGCUUCUACAAAGUCCCAAUAAAUCUACUAAUGUUUCAAGAAGUGAGAAGUUUGAAACAACAUCCAGUUGUGGACAUCUCUUGCAGAAACAUGCAGAACAUAAACGAGAAUGAAACAAAGUGAAUAAAAUAUAUGCUUAACAAGUAAACAUUUUCCUAAUAAUGUACAAGUAGGAGAGGAGACUUGCAUAUUAUUAAUGUUUGGUUCCUUCAAAUGCAUAUGCCUGUGGGAAUUAUUUCUUCAUUAUAUGUGACUUUCCAAAGACAACCUUGUGGUCCUGGACCAUGUGUAGAUUUAGAGAAAGAAAAUGUCCAAGCCAUACAGUCCAGAUUCUGAUUACAUUCAGGAGUAUGUUGGGCUACAGCUCAUUUGUUUUUUCUCUGACAGGAACUGUGAUUGUACUAGUAGUGUUUCCUCAUUUGUGCUGUAUGGAAAGUAAGUGCUGUGAAUAUAUACCACAGUGUAAUACAUUCUAUGACCAGGAGUAAAAUCUUGGCUCCAUUGAAGUCAGUGAAAAUUUUGCUAUCUAGUUCGAUAGGGUACUAAUUUACAUAUGUUAGUAUAUAGAUGUCCAGUUUUAAAUAUGAUUAGCAUCCUGUAUUAUGAUUGAACAUUACAUGUGUGGUUUCUUGUUUAUAUUUCUGAAGAGUGAAUGUGAAUGAUUACUACUGGUACAACUUCGUUAUGUUUUUUUUUAUACUGUUCAUGAAUAUAUGAAGUAGUUGCAUUCUAUGAAUUGUAUAAAUUAUAUACAUAUAUAUAUAUACCACAUAGAUAUAUAUAGAUAGAUUUCAAGUAACACCAAGACGCAAAAGAGUUAUUUUUCAAGCAAUAGAUUUGAUUCUUCUAAUUGUGGUAGUUGGUACUUUAUCUGCCUCUCACAGCCAGUCACAAUGUUUUUAGUCUUAAGCCUUAAAAGAACUUGCUACUUCUGAUAAGCUUUCUUGAGAAUGAACUUGGAAGAGUUGUUUUGAUGAUCUGGUUGUGAAACAGGGAUCUAAAAUCAAAGCAUAUAAUGUGUUACUUAUCUGCUAAUACUACACUGCGAUUCAUUCAGUUUCUCUGGGAACUAUAUUGUGUUUUUUAACUUUUAAAAAAAUUACUUCUCUGACAGGUGAAAAAGGAAUUCAGUGAGCAUGAGUAUUUCUAAUUCAGUUAAACAGUGUACAUAUGGAUAUCUGGGUCUUGUACAUGAACAAUGCCUUAAUGGAGUGCUAGACUAGGCAAAUCUUGCCUUACUACAGGCCACCAAUUUUAGACAUUAUAAAGAUGCGUAGCUCUAAAGGUAUAUUUUUAGGAUUAAAGAAGGUUAAAGUAUUGAUGUUUACAAAAUGAGGUUAGUGGCUUUGUUCCUUCUUUUUUUCUUUUUCUUUUUUUUUAAUAAUAUAAAGUGUUUACAAAUGUGGUUAUUUUAGUUAAACAAAUUAUUACAAAAAUACAUGGAUCAUACAAUUGGGCAAGGAGCAAUAUACUUAACUUGCCUUGGGUGGAUCAACAUUAGAGCUUAUUUAUAAUCUUCCAUGUUUUUAAGACAAGAAAUCUAGGAUACUGGAAAUAGGAGGUUUUACAUUGCAUUUGUUUCAGAUCAAACUUCUCUACAGUGAUGAAAACUUGGAAGACUUUAACUUGUUAUUUAUAUCAAAAUACUUCAGCACAGAACAGAAAAUUCACUUUCUUCUUUGCUCAUGAAAUGACUCAUAACAUAUUAUCCCUUUCUACCUUUUUCCCCACAUUUGAACUGAUAGUAAACAAACUAGAACAUUCACAUUUAAAAAAAAAGCUUGUCUUUUAAAAUUUCCCUUGAGAAAAAAAUAUAAUGCCAAAAAAUUUUGAAAUUCACUGUACUUAUUUAGGAUGAACCAAGAAAUAUUAUAAUUCCACCUAUAGGAGAGCAGAAAGGAGGUUUUGUGGUGUUUUGCUGUACUUUGGCCUAGACAAUACUGCUCCAAGGUGUUUAGUUGGAGUAUGCUACUGUGAUUAAAUCACAGCAUUAUCAUGCAUUCUCUGACUCUCAUGCUGUAACCUGGUAUUCUAUAGGUAUAUUACAAACUGCUAUGAACACAAUGUGUUAUGAGAAUGCAGAUUAAAACAGGGAUUGCAUCCUCUGCUCCCUUUUCUUUUUUUUUUUUUUUGAAAUUCCUAUUUACCAAUGC